GCCGUUUCAACCCGCGUUUCUGCACCUGACCCUUUCUUUACUUUUUUUUCCUUUUGCAUCGACAUGCACUGACUAGAGCCGCCAUGGACGCAUCAAAUGGACAUGCUGUCGACGGCCGCCGCAGCAGCUCUGUGGUUCCUGGGAGACGGAGCGGUGCUAUGUAUCGGCGCGAGUCCAACAUGAGCGAUGUCAGCCUUCUGACAGACGUUCAAAUGGCCCAAGAUGAGAUAUUCUCUGGUCCUAUGUCCGAGAGCGUUCCCACCAGUGUCACUGGUUUUGCUCACCGUCGUGCUCGCGCCGAUUCCAUCGCCAGUACCGCAAGCUUUGCAUUCUACGAGGAUGAUAGGGAGUCGAUCGAUACUGUUGAAGAGGAGGCAAUCGCCGAUGAGGACGAACAUCCGUUGGACGGUGCCAACGGCUAUAGGGAAGAAGAUGAGGAUCUUGAGGAGGGACGCCGUCCAUCGGGAACCCGGCGGAAAUCCUCUAUCUACUCAACCCGGUCUGCAAGUGCGCCGUUGUUGCGUCGCCAUUCAAGCUCCAGCACUCAAGCCUCAGGGCGCCUGAAGGGUGGAAGGCUCAAUCAAAAGAUCUACAUCGCUGCGGAAGAUCUCACAAUUGUAGUUGCCGGAUUCAAAACGUCCCUGGUGGGGUAUGUCGUUUACCUCCUCCUUUGCGUUUUGACUGGCGGACUGGGAUUCCUUGUUUUCCGGUGGCUACCGACCUGGCGGAUCAAGGUCGUCGGGAAGUCCACGCCCCUGCUCGAGUGUGAUUGGGUUGUGGUGGAGAACCAAUGGGGAGAGAUAGUUGUACAGAACAUCGGGAAGCAAGAGUACGGUCGUCCCUUGUCGACAGUAUUUGGCCGGACGGAAAAGGGAGGGCUCCGAGACUAUGAUGAAGAGGAUGAUCCCGACGUCGACGAACUUCGGAUACUGGACUACCGCUACAUCCGGUUUUGCUACCACCCAAUCCGCGACAAGUUUGUCCUCGGUAAUGUUUGGAAAGACCCAGCGUGGACGGAUGUUCAGACUGUCCGCGAGGGCCUUGAGAAUGAGGAAAGGGGCUAUCGCGAACAGGUAUUUGGAAAGAACCUCAUUGAUAUUGAGGAGAAAAGCAACAGCCAGCUGUUGGUUGACGAGGUCUUCCACCCGUUCUACGUCUUCCAAAUUGCCAGUUUGCUUCUCUGGUCCCUCGAUCAAUACUACUACUACGCGGCCUGCAUCUUCAUCAUCUCAGUGGUCAGUAUUGUUACGACCCUGAUCGAGACCAAAGCCACCAUGCGUCGGCUGCGCGAGGUGUCGAGGUUCGAAUGCGAUGUGCGAGUCCUGCGAAACGGUUUCUGGCGCUACGUCGAGUCGGGCGAGCUGGUUCCUGGAGACGUAUACGAAGUUACGGAUCCGAGUCUGACGCACUUGCCUUGCGACAGUCUCUUGCUCUCUGGCGACUGUAUAGUCAAUGAGAGUAUGCUUACAGGCGAGUCUGUCCCUGUCACUAAGGUUCCGACGGUAGACGAGGCUCUGGAGCUGCUGAAUCUCAGCACCGCCUCUGUACACCCGGAGGUUGCGAGACACUUUUUGUUCUGUGGUACGAAGAUAAUCAGAGCCAGGAGGCCCCAGGACGACAAGGAUGACGAAGCAGCCGCGCUCGCUCUCGUUGUGCGCACAGGGUUCAACACAACCAAGGGAGCGCUUGUCAGGUCUAUGCUGUUCCCCAAACCUUCCGGAUUCAAGUUCUAUCGGGAUUCCUUCCGCUAUAUCUCCGUCAUGGGAAUGAUUGCCGGCCUCGGCUUCAUUGCUUCCUUUAUCAACUUUGUGCGCCUGGGACUGGCCUGGCACCUGAUUGUGGUACGCGCACUUGACCUGAUCACCAUUGUUGUACCUCCGGCUCUACCUGCGACAUUGACCAUCGGCACCAACUUUGCGUUGAACCGGCUGAAGAAGAAACAAAUCUACUGUAUCAGUCCUCAGCGUGUCAACGUGGGUGGAAAACUUGAUGUCAUCUGCUUUGACAAGACCGGGACAUUGACCGAGGAAGGUCUUGAUGUGCUGGGACUGAGAGUGGCUCAACAGCCUGCGAACAGAUUCAGUGACAUCCUCACUGAGACGGAAAGCGUGCUUCCUGGAUCUCCAUACGAGCGUGAUCCUACGAUCAACUACAAGUACAACAGGUCACUGCUAUACACUAUGGCUACCUGUCACUCAUUGAGGAAGGUAGACGGCGAGCUCAUCGGAGAUCCUCUGGACGUCAAGAUGUUUGAAUUCACAGGAUGGAACUUCGAGGAGGGCGAGCAGAGCAAGAACCCCACCGAGGACGAUGAGGACAACACUAUAUCUCCAUCUGUGGCGAGGCCUCCUCCUGGCCAGGAGUUUGACAUUGACGACGAGGACACGGCCAACAAGAAGGCGAUCGAGCUUGGCAUCCUUAAGUCUUUCGAGUUCGUCUCUUCGCUACGCAGAGCCAGUGUCAUCGUCCGCCAAUUCGGUGCUCGUGAUGGGCAGAUCUAUGUUAAGGGCGCUCCUGAGUGCAUGAAGGAUAUUUGCCGUCCGGAAAGCUUUCCUACGGAUUACGAGGAUUUGCUCAGCUACUACACCCACCGCGGCUUCCGUGUCAUCGCGUGCGCCACCAAGAGCUUACCGAAGCUGAACUGGCUCAAGGUCCAAAAGAUGAAGCGCGAGGAAGCUGAAUCGAAGCUCGAUUUCCUUGGUUUCAUCAUAUUCGAGAACAAGCUGAAGCCGACGACGACUGGAGUCAUCAACGAGCUUGGAGACGCUGGAAUCCGCAAAGUCAUGUGCACGGGUGACAACAUCCUCACGGCUAUCAGUGUGGCGCGGGAGUGCAACCUUAUUGACAAGACCGCGCACUGCUUCGUACCACGCUUCGUCGAGGGCGACGCGCGUACGCCACUGGCGAAGCUGGCGUGGGAGAGCAUCGACAACCCCAUCUACACGCUGGACGAGAACACUCUGCGGCCAUUGCCACCACCGGCCGAACAUGACGCGUCGCUGCCGUACGACAUCUCCAACAUCCGCAACUACUCGGUGGCGGUGAGUGGCGACGUGUUCCGGUGGAUCAUCGACUUCGCGUCGGAGAAGGUGCUCAAGGAGAUGCUGGUGUGCGGACAGGUCUUUGCGCGCAUGUCGCCGGACGAGAAGCACGAGCUGGUAGAGAAGCUGCAAAGCAUCGACUACUGCUGCGGGUUCUGCGGCGACGGCGCAAAUGACUGUGGCGCGCUGAAGGCAGCCGACGUGGGCAUCUCGCUGUCCGAGGCCGAAGCCUCGGUGGCGGCGCCCUUCACCAGCCGCGUCUUCGACAUCUCGUGCGUGCCGGAAGUGAUGCGUGAGGGGCGGGCGGCGUUGGUGACGAGCUUCAGCUGCUUCAAGUACAUGUCGCUGUACUCUGCGAUCCAGUUUACGUCGGUCAGCUUCCUGUACGCGUCGGCGAGCAACCUGGGCGACUUCCAGUUCCUGUUCAUCGACCUGGCCCUGAUCCUGCCGAUCGCCAUCUUCAUGGGGCGCACGGGGGCGUACCCGGUGCUGGCGCGCAAGCGGCCCACGGCCAGCCUGGUGUCGCGCAAGGUGCUGACGCCGUUGCUGGGCCAGAUCGCCAUCUGCGUGGCGCUGCAGGGGGCGGCGUACGGGCUGGUGCGGCGGCAGCCGUGGUUCCAGCCGCCUGUGCUGGACAAGGAGCACUCGAACGCGCGCAACUCUGCCAACACGGCCCUGUUCCUGCUGUCCUGCUUCCAGUACACGCUGGCGGCGGCCGUGGUCAGCGCGGGCCCGCCCUUCCGCCAGCCGCCCCGCCACAACCUGCCGUUUGUGGCGACGUUGGCGGCGGCCCUGGCCGCGGCCGCGUACAUGACGCUGGAUCCAGCCGAGUGGAUCGCCCGCGUCAUGGAGCUGACGGAGAUGGGCACCGGGUUCAAGAUCACGCUGCUUGGGCUCGCGGUCGCCGGGUUUGCGGCCGGGUGGGUCGGCGAGAGGAUGGCAUUCCCGGCGCUGGCGAGGGCCGUGGUGACGGUGAGGAGGUGGGUGCGGCCGGGGCUGGUGAAGAAGAGGAAGGAGUACAAGGUUGUGGCCGAGGGGAUGAGGAUGUAGGGGGUUGGAGAAGAAAACUCGAGGGAGAACAAAAAACGGGGAUUUGCUGGGGGGCUUAUAGAAAUAUGUGCAACGGUGGGCAAAGUAAAGUAACUGAGUGGCUUUCCACAGCCUGAUGGUAACGUAACUAGUAGUAGAAUAUUCGUGUGUAUAUAGAUCAUACUCGUACUAUUGUUCCGCAUGCAUCGGGUGCAGACAGGUGAUGGGUCGGG